UUAAAGUUGAACCUAGCAAAAUGCGACAUAAAAGUCAUCAUAGCCCAUUACAUUAAUUGACACACUUUUUCCAUUCAUAGUCUCCAUCUGAAAGCUCAACCUUGCCAAUUAACUAUCGCAUGUAUUAAUAAUUAUCAUCGUUUUAAAACUUCCCGAUUGCGCUACCUUGUUGUUAUUCAAUUUCAAUGGACUUCUCAAACAUACAGCUUCUCUCGAUCCUCUUAUUCUAUCUCUCUCUACCACUGGCGACCAAUGCCACUCAAGUCUGCGCUAUCAUUGGCUCUGAUGGACCUGUACAUUGUCGCUCUUGUCCACAUGUUACUUGCAAAAUAAUUACCACUAUUCCUGUUGGGACCAAGCUGAAUUUCACUAGCUAUGCUGUUGGAGAUUGCGCUGGGGAUAACUGCACCUGGGAUUUCACUCCAGACGAUGAUUGCUAUGUGAGCGGUUUCUAUACCAGUGGAAACUGCAAUACCUCGGAAUUGCCCUUGUCCAAUACGCCAUCUACAACCCUGCCAACGACACCAAGUACAACAUCCCAAGCAAAGCAGAGCUCGUCACAAAGCACUUCUUCAGAAGCUACUGCCACUCCUAGCUGGGCUCAUGUGGUUACCACGACGAUGUCACCAACAGCGUCUCCUACAUCAGGGUCGAACAGCGUUAGUCUUGGAGUACCGCUCGUGGUGGGUAUUUUGACAACAGGCAUUGCUUCCUUCUUGUCGUGGGGUGUAUAAAAUAAAUGUAUUAAUCUAUUGCCGCACCUCUCGGUAUUGUUCCAUACAUAUAGACUACCACGAUUUUUCCACCGCAUACAGUCUAUUAUCUCACCACCAGUGGUCGUAACAUAUUCAUGAGGCGAUUUAGACAAGUCUAUACGUCUUCAUUGUGUCUUGUUUAGUAUAUUGAUUACAUACAUGUAUAGAUCAUUACAAAAGAAGCAGGACUUCUUAGUAAAAG